GGAUUGGCUUCUGCUGUAGAUAAUCUAUUGUCUUCGAUCGGAGUAAAUAUUGAUUCUUACUUGGUUUCUUUUUUUCCUUAUUUCCAGCAAGCAAUGUGUGAUCAGACAAGAGAAAAGGCAAGCUGGGCAAAUGAUUUAGUGAUUUACAAAAAUGGCAUUGAAGUAAUAUCCCUUGCAGUAAAGUGUUGUAAUGAUGAUAUAUCAGUAUCUAUGAUGACUCGUAUUCUUGACCAUAUUAUGAGAUUUGGGGAAGCCGGAGAAAAAAGAGCUGUACCAUUAGCAUUGUCUCUUCUUUAUGUUUCUAAUCCGAGUGUCGCGAUAAUUGAAACUCUUGCCAAAUAUUCUCAUGAUAUUGAUCAGGAUGUGGUCCUUUCUUCAAUAAUUGCUAUGGGGAUCGUCGGAGCUGGAACUAAUAAUGCUCGAUUGAGUUCCCAGUUAAAGAAUUUAGCUAGUCACUGUGGUUCUCCAAAGAAUAAUAACUAUUUAUUUGCUGUUCGAAUUGCCCAAUGCUUUUUAUUUAUGGGUAAAGGAACGCUCAGUCUGUCUCCCUUUGUGUGUGACAGAUUUAUUUGCAAGAAGGCUGUACUGGUGGCUGUAAUUGGUUUUCUAAUAAGUUUUCUUGAUUCUUCUAAAAGUAAUUAA